GCUAUAUAAAAUUGUAAAGGAAAAUUGAGAUAGAUGUACGUGAUAAUGAAAUGUAUGAAUAUGAAAGAAAUUCUGAAAUUCGUACAAGUUCGACCGUUCGAUUAACUUGUUUUUAGUUAAAUUAUAUUUUUUUUAAUGAAUUCAAACUUGAUUUUUUUCCGAUUAUAAUGGCGGAGUUCGAUUGGAAUAAUUAUUUAGAAGCAAAUAAAUGCAUCGCUGUUCCCGAAGAAUUGUUUUCCCAUGUGGAGACGAGCCUUAACAAUGGCAUCAAGCAAGGCAUGCUGCUCGAGGUGUGCCAUAAGAACAACCCGGACAUAUACUGGAUCGCCGAGAUCACCAUGGUCUGCGGCCAUCUACUACGCAUCAAAUUCAUUGGUGCGGACACAGAUUUCUGGUGCGACAUAUCAAACACGAAGGUGCACCCGCUGGGUUGGUGCGGGAAAUACGAUGAGCUUAUCGAACCGCCGGACGAGAUCAACGAGAAGUACGGGGACACUAUAAUAGACAUGAUGCAGAAGGUGCUCCUGAAUGGGCAGUCGGUAUCUUUAGAAGCGCUGAAUAAUAAGGGACUGUCGCCCAUAGAUAGGAUCAAGGUGGAGAUGAAAGUCGAGGUCCAGAAUACCUUGGAUCCGUACAGAUACUGGAUUGCGACGGUGUGUGAGAAUGUGGGCGGGCGGUUGCUGCUGCGGUAUGAUGGUGCUGACGACGACCAGCCGCAGUUCUGGAUAUUCUUCACCAACACGAGGCUCAGCAGCUUCGGAUACGUCACCAACAAGGGUUCCCCAUGGCAGUUCAAGUACCCAGGCAAAGUGAACAAGUUCUCGUGUAAGAAUAAAUUGAGCACGCAGCUACGCCAGAGCGCCGAGGAAUCCAUCAAGGAACCCACGCCAGCAGACCUGUUCAUGCUGAACCCAAACCUCGAAGCGCACAAUUUCGUUACCGGAAUGAAGCUAGAAGCCCUGAACCCGCAAGACAUGAGGACCGUCCGUCCCGCCACCGUAUUCAAAGUGUUUAACAACUUCCACUUCCUGGUAGUCAUCGACGACCAUGUGGAAGACCACGAGGACACCAAGAUGGCGUGGCUAUGCGACUGCAUGCACCCCUACAUAUAUCCCAUAGGCUGGGCGCAGAAGCAUGGCAUAGCAUUCAAAACGCCCAAAAUAUGGAAAGAGGGUACUUUCGAUUGGGACGAGUAUUUGUCCAUGACGUCAUCCGUGCCCGCGCCAGACUACUGUUUUGGAACCAAACAGCCGCUCGAAGGGAUCGAAGUUAAUAUGAAGUUGGAAGCAGUCAACCCUCAGAAUCAUGAAGAGAUCCACGUGGCGUCAGUGGACGCGAUAGUAGAACACAUGUUAUGCGUAGAACUUCUGCCUAUUGGCGAGAAAUUUUGGUACGCACAAGACAGUGACUUGCUCUUCCCAGUUGGCUGGUGCGAUAGUAAUAAUUACGCACUCCAUAUACCUGAUAUAACUGCGAUUAAAGAGACCAAGCCAGUUGAGGAAGCCAAAGUUAAAGAAGACAUUAAAAGCUCAGACGAAUGGUGUGAUAGGAUAUACUUUAAUUAUAAGUGUUAUGCGGGUCCGUCGAUCAGUAGGAAUAAGCUGUCGCAACUGCCCAAGCACGUGGGUCCUGGACCACUGUCGCUGGUGCUGAAGGAGGUCCUGAAUAAGAUCAUCUCGGCGUCGUAUAAGCCGGCGAAGCUUUUGAAGGACUGGGAGUCGGAGGGACCACCGGAGGAGGGAAUGAGACUGGAGAUGCUGAGGGCCAAGCUGAAGUCGCGCACGUACCACGCGUACGUGCCGGUGGCGGCGCGCGCGGCGGGCGUGGGCGCGUUCUGCGCUCGCGUGUGCGGCGCGCUGCAGGCCUGCCCCAGCCUGUUCGGGCCCGACCACUACCCCGCCGCCUGCCCCAACAACUGCCAGAACGUCGACAAGUCCACAUUCCAUAAUGGAACAGAACGUCGAGGCAGACCAAAGGGAAGCGUCAAUGGCCGAAGGAAGAAGAAAAAAGCUCCAGAGAAACGAGAGAAGGAGCAGCAACCUUCCCAGGAGACCGAGAGUAAUAAGGACGAGAAAGAGUCCGUGGAGAGUGAGCACAGCGCCGGCUCUACGCCUCCGUCCGAGGCGGGCACCCGGCCCAACUCACCCGACAGCACGCUCGACUACAAGCGCUCACAGCGGCGCAAGCGCGAGCCUCGCAACAACUACCCCAAGAUGGAGAUGAAGACGCGAGGCGCCAAGCUUCCUAACUUCGCGCUGCAGAUGAAGGAGGCGCACUGGAACAAGAAGGACGUCGAGACCAUCUACAACAACACUUGCGUCAAGAAACAGAGCUCGCACGACAGCGACACGGAGAACGACAACGAGACCAGUUCCAACUCACGAGAUGCCAAGAAUAUUUCUGACGUGUCCGACACAGAGGAGCCGGAGCUCAAGAAACUCAAGUUCACAACAUAUGACCCACUGCCGACUGAUAACAAAAUGUUUGAGAAGGACAUGGCUAUGUCCUGGAUGAAGGGAAAGCUCAAAUUGUCACCGAAUCCUCUAGACUGGUCGGUUGAUGAUGUAUACGCUUAUCUGAGGAGCACGGACGAUUGUAAACUGAUUGCUGAUAAGAUGAAGCAAGAAGAGAUUGAUGGGCAGGCGUUCGUGAUGCUAGAUCUGCCGGUGAUAAGGGAGUUUCUGCACAUGAAGAAAGAGUUCGCCUUGCAGUUGAGCAAACACAUCGCUAUGAUACGGUGGUACACGCUCAACUUCGAAGAGAAUUGUGAAUCGUGAUAUGUUCCUUGUUUUAUUGUAUAUCUAGUCCAUGGUAAAGUAUUUUGUUGAAUGUAUUAUUAAUAUAAUAAUUGUAAAGAGCA